AUGGUGAUCGGUCAGAUCAAGCCAGUUUUCAAAAUUCAAUCAUGCGACGGUCAGGUUUUUGCCGUUGAAGACUGGUUUAUCCAAAAGUCCAAGUGCUUUUCUGUUGUGUUGGCUCAAAUGAACAAUCUCGUACAACCGCAUCCUCUCAAAACCAGCAUCUGUAGCUUUGUGCUCGUGAAGAUUAUCGAAUGGUGUUACCAUCAUCGCAAUGAGGAUCAAGAUCAUGCCCAGCGAAUUCUCACCGCCUGGGAUGUUCAAUUUAUCCGCACCAAUAGUGCGAUUCUGCUCCAUUUGGCUGAAGCGGCUUUUCGUCUGGAAAUUGUAGGACUAUUGGACGUGGCCUGCAGAGCUGUGUCCAUUAUGCUCGGAAGAACUCUAAAUGAAGUCAAGCUUAUGCUACGAGUUGGAGGAGUUGAGAGCCCAUCGGACGAGGAAGACAGUCUGGAAGAUGUCCUAGAAUUGGAAGUAGAUGUGGAUGAAAAUGAAGAAGACGAUGUUGAAAUUGAAAUCCCAGCCAUAUCAGCUGCAUAG